AAUCCAGAUGAUAGAAAGACAAGAGAAUUCAAAAUCCAAAAUUUUGUGGAUGGGGUAAGUUGAUCACCACACUCCACCGUAACUUGAAUGAGAUUUGAACGUGACUGUUUAACCACAAUCCUAACAUUCCUUGCACUCAUUAAAGUAUAAUACUUUUCCAGCUCUGUUUUAUACACUCUAGCCCUUUAUACGUAACAUUGCAUCUUUCAGGUACGCGAAGCAGACUUAGAACUAAAACUAAACAUUGAAGACAUCAAUGACGUUACACCCGAGUUUACGAAUCUACCUCACACCAUCACUGUUAGCGAGGUAAGUUAGAAAUUAGAAAAAGCAUAAAUAAUGUAAAUGAAUAAUAUUGAUUAUGUAAGAGGACUGCAAUGACCUCCUUGUAUAUAUACUGCAAACACAUGGUUUUGAAAAUCUCACUGUUUUCCAUGUCAUCCAAUCAUGUUCCAGUGAUCGAAAUGUUCCAUUGUCUUUUUCAUCAAAAAUCCUCAAUAUUUUUAUUGGUAUUAGCAUUUAUGCAAAGGCAUAUUGCAAUGUUAAUCUUACGAGAUUCAUGGCGCAGAUAACAGGACAAAUGAAGUCCGAAUUAAAGUUUUGUCAUACAUAACACAGUACAUUGUACGGUAAAAUAACGUUGAUCAACUUAAAACGUGCAUAUUAUUUCAUUUGCACAAAAACAUUCGCUUUUAAUUAUUCUAAGAAGAAGUGUAAAAAAGAUAGAACAAAAACGUUUUCCAAUUCUUGGGCCUGUCAAAGCAUGUUUUAAAUUUAUCCGGUUCAUGGUUUUUGGUGAAAAAAAGUGAAAAAUUUUAUUCCUUUUAAUUAGGUUCUUGGUGUUGGCUCAAAUUUAUUCACCAUAACGGGGAAAGAUGGUGAUGGUGAUGGUAGCGGUUCACCAACCGAUUUCAAUAUCAUAGAAUUUUCGAUAGCUGAUGGGAAUAUUGUGAGUAUAUAGUCUGCUUGAUAGAGCUGUUUCAAAGUUGCAAACAGAAGUUGAAAUAAAUAGAAUAAUUGUACUUGGUCACCAGCCUUGGUCUGCUCGCCAAGUAUAGUAUCAGGUAUAUAGUAUAAUAAAUUGAUCUAUGUAUUCGUUAGUAACGGAAUAUUAAAUUAAACAGAUUGUCAGUCGCGAUUUACCUUUGGCAAAUAUCUGGUCGCCAGCUGAAAAAACCCCUUAGUCGUUGUAACAUAUGUGACAAUGUUUUAAUUGGCAAUGCAUUCCGUUUUAGGGUGACUUGUUUUCCCUCGAGUAUGGAUCUCAAACAUCUUGGGAGUUGAAAUUGAAAUCGCGACUUGAUUAUGACGAAGGGCCUGAAAUUUAUAACCUCACUAUUAAGGCAACUGUAAGUAUUAUUUGCAUUUUAUAAUUGCUGCGGAGCGAGCGAGCCUGAAGCGAGCGAGCGUAGCAGCAGCCUAAUAUAUGCAGAGAGGGGGUUUUGAACUAAAUUUUAUUUAGCGCAUGGAAUUGUGGUCGUGCGCGCUUUCUAUGCGCAGAACACAAAUUUUAAACUCGUUCGAGCAGUUCGAAUUUUUAUCGAAUUUCUAAAGCUUUUUCAGUCUAAUGUUACGCUUACAUUUGUUUUGGACUUUGGCCACGGUCAGUUCUAUAUUUUUAUAAAGUUUUGGUUUCUUAGUGUGGUAAAUCUGUGUAUAUAGACCCUAUAUAGUCUAUAUAAUGUGGUAAAUGCGCCCAUAUAGCAGUAAACAGACUUGAUAUGAAAUCUGAUCUUAACUAUAUGUCAAUGAGACGCACAUGUUUAAUAUCUGUCACAUCUGAUUGCCCUUUAACCCCUGGUCUUUGUAGCCUACGGUGUAGACCCCACGUGUUUCUGCUGGGGUCUACACCGUAGGCUAUGGUCUUUGCUACUUCAAUAUAUAUUGCUUCUUCUCAGUUCCAUUCACAGCUCACUUGUCGCUGCGAGUAAUCACUGUGCUUGAUAUAAUUUGUGCUGUUUACUGUAGUUCUAUUUGCUUUUAAUGCCCGCAGCAAUCCCUACCUUGCAGGUACCCUAGUUCAACAGAUUUAUUUCGCGUUCGGCAUAAAUGAUCACUUUUCAUGAAUCAUGAAUACUUAUUUGGUCACUGAAAAUCACAGAACUGUUCCCGUUUUUCAGGGCAAAUACACUUGACUACACAAAGCUCUGCUUUUCGGAUGCGUAGAUAUUUAAAAAAUUCUGGUUAACACUCUCUAUGUAAACAUGCCCUUAUCAGUUGGUCUUUUGCUAUGUAGUCGACGUGUGCGGAUGUCGCAAUUUGAGGCGCUAUAUAUGCAUGUAUAGUUAACGUUUCCUUUAACUAAUUACGUCAUAGUCGUUUCCGGCUUUUGUUGCCUGCCGCCUAGCCAUCCUGUUGCGCUGUUGACUUUUUGUGGCUAGCCCGUUUGCGGGCUAGCCAUUAUCACAUAGUACACAAACGCGAUGAGCGAUGAUGAUGGUGUCCAGUCCGAAUUUUCGUAA